UGCUGCUAUGUAUGAUAAUCUAUGUAACUCUGUGUAACUCUCUUAAUAAACUUGCCUAACCACCUGUUUUGUUAUAUGAUACUGACUUGGUGACAUUCGGCCCAUCACCAGCUGUUGCUAACUAUAGUGAAGCUUUUCAACUCGUAAUAUGAAUGAACAAAACUUGCCUAUCGAUAUUCAUGUUGGCAAAUUAGUAGAAUGGUUAAUUUCCCGUCGGCAUGUGAAACGUGAGUGGCCAGAGGAUGUACGCAUGAUCCGUGAGAAAAUCAACAAUGCAAUCCAGGACAUGCCCGAGCAUCCAGAGAUAACACGUCUUCUCUCUGGAACAUAUAUCAAUUAUUUCCACUGCUUGAAGAUAGUUGAGAUUUUAAGAGAAACAGAAAAAGAUACCAAGAAUAUCUUAGGAUGGUAUGGUUCUCAACGUAUGAAGGACUGGCAGGAAGUGAUUCGAUUAUAUGAGAAAGAUAGUGUGUACCUUGCAGAGGCAGCUCAGCUACUGGUGAGAAAUGUCAACUAUGAAGUUCCAAGUAUCAAGCGGCAGAUUUCUAAAGGAAUACAAAUACAGCAGGAUUGUGAUCGCAAGGUAGAAGAUUGCAUUCGGGGCAUUGCUGAUUCAAAGAAAAAAUACCUGCAGAUGUGCAAGCAGAUUGGUAUUGCUGGUGAUAAGGUAAAGCAUGAGCUGGUUGAUCUGCUGAAAACACUUCCUGAGGAAUUUGCUGUAAUUGCUGAGAGCAGCAAGAGCCUUGCUCCUGCACGCCAGCUGUAUUCAGACUUCCUCUCAUUCACUAUAAAGGAAACUCAGCCAGAAUGUUUGCCACUGCUCAAAUUUGUUAUGGAGCAUGGCAAUGUGACAACCUAUGAGUGGUUGUAUGGUGAAGCUCCUUGUAGCAUAGAGGAACCACAUCUGGAGUUUUCUCUUGAUGAUGAGACAGAUAAAACAGAAAGUGAUCAAAUUGAUUUUGGUGAUGGAGGAACCAUUGACUUUGGGGAGGCUUCUGGUGAAAUUGAUUGGGGAAAUCUUACUGAGGUGAAUACACAAACAGUUAACUGGGAUGUUGGUGAGAUUGAUAAUAUCACAACAGCAGAUAUUGUAGUUGAAGACUCAGGUGUUGCAGGUGGUGUUGCAAAGGACUCAGAGGCACUCUCAGUCUUAUAUAAUCCUAAAACACGAAACCAGUUUAUUGAUGAACUUUAUGAGCUUCAAGGUUUUCUAGGGCAGCGUAUCUCUGAGCUCAAGUAUGAGGGCUCAGUAUUCUUCAACCAGUUUUCAAAUGCGGCAAUAUCAGUCCAAGAUCAUACUGCAGAUCAAGUUGCAGAAAUGCUCUCACAAGUCAAGUCACUUUUGGCUAAGCUUUCUACAACCAAGAUGCAGCAUCUCUACCUCAUAAGUUCCUCAGCAAGAUAUGUAGAUCGACUAGCAGAUUCUCUCAAAUCCAAGCUUGCUGUUGGUGAUAAAUUAGCAGAAUCACAAGUGUCUGCUAUACAACUAAAGGAGAAGACUGCUGAGGAACAACGCAGUCUUACCCCAAAGCUGGCUCUGAUUAUUGCGCGCACGAAAGAGCUACAGUCUCACAUACAAGAACAUAUCUCUAAACGUUACAAAAACCGGCCUGUGAACUUAAUGGGUGCUUAUCUUAGCAUGCAGUUGUGAAUACAUGAAUAGGUUUAUUAUUUAAUUACCCAAUAAGUUUUCAAGGUUUGUAGUGCUGCUGUACACAAAAUCCAUAUAAUUUGUUAAGCCUUGAACUGUAUUAAAAAAAAUGUAUAACCUUGUAAAAUUACUGUUUGUAUUUUUCUUCUAUAAAGAGUAUGAAAUUGAA